CCUGCGCGUCGCAGGCCGACGGAGACCAGCCUGCCCCGGCCGAACUGGGAUUACACCGCGGUGGGAGCCGCGCCUCAGGCUCCGCCGCCAGCCGGGGCUCGGGCUGGGGCCCGGGCCCCCGGGGAUGGCCCUCCGGUCCUCAAAGGGCGACGGCUCCGCGGGCAGCUGGAACCGCGGCACCGGGAAGGCAGACUUUAAUGCCAAAAGGAAAAAGAAGGUGGCGGAAAUACACCAGGCCCUGAACAGUGAUCCCACCGACGUGGCCGCUCUCCGACGAAUGGCUAUCAGUGAAGGAGGCCUCCUGACUGAUGAGAUCAGGUGCCAAGUAUGGCCCAAGCUCCUCAAUGUCAACUCCAAUGAGCCAGCACCUGAGUCAAGGAAGGAUCUUCGACACAUGAGCAAGGAUUACCAGCAAGUGCUGCUAGAUGUCAGGCGGUCUCUUCGGCGCUUCCCUCCUGGCAUGCCAGAUGAGCAGAGAGAAGGGCUUCAGGAAGAACUGAUCGACAUCAUCCUCCUCAUCUUGGAUCGAAACCCUCAGCUCCACUACUACCAGGGCUACCAUGAUAUAGUGGUCACUUUUCUGCUGGUGGUGGGCGAGAGGCUGGCAACAUCUCUGGUAGAAAAAUUAUCUACUCACCACCUCAGGGAUUUCAUGGAUCCCACAAUGGACAACACCAAGCACAUCCUAAAUUAUCUGAUGCCCAUCAUUGACCAAGUGAACCCAGAACUCCAUGACUUCAUGCAGAGUGCUGAGGUGGGGACCAUCUUUGCCCUCAGCUGGCUCAUCACCUGGUUUGGGCACGUCCUGUCGGACUUCAGGCACGUUGUGCGGUUAUACGACUUUUUCCUGGCCUGCCACCCACUCAUGCCCAUUUACUUUGCAGCUGUGAUUGUGCUGUACCGGGAGCAGGAAGUCCUGGACUGUGACUGUGACAUGGCCUCUGUCCACCACCUGUUGUCCCAGAUCCCUCAGGACCUGCCCUAUGAGACACUCAUCAGCAGAGCCGGAGACCUCUUUGUUCAGUUUCCCCCUUCGGAACUUGCAAGGGAGGCGGCUGCGCAGCAGGAGGCUGAAAGAACGGCAGCCUCUACUUUCAAAGACUUUGAGCUGGCCUCAGCGCAGCAGAGGCCAGACAUGGUGCUGCGGCAGCGGUUUCGGGGACUUCUGCGGCCUGAGGCUCGUACGAAAGAUGUCCUGACCAAACCAAGGACCAACCGCUUUGUGAAACUGGCAGUGAUGGGGCUCACAGUGGCACUUGGAGCGGCGGCACUGGCGGUGGUGAAGAGUGCCCUGGAGUGGGCCCCCAAGUUCCAGCUGCAGCUGUUCCCCUAAACUCAGCCCAAGGAGCCACUUCCUCACCCAGUGCACCAAGCUCUCCCCAUUUCCAGAAAGGCGCAGAGGGUGGAAAUGCUGUGAUUAAAGGGUUUCUGUCAGGGGUGUUCUGUUCUGCCACCCUUGGCAGCUUGUCUUGUGGUUUGGGUGGCAGAGCUGCCCGACACGGCUCAGUGGACCUGAGUGCUCUCUAACUGUUGGAAGUGGCUCUGCAGCACCUGGCUACCCAGCUCACUGCCUAGAAGAAAGUUGGGCCCAGAGAUGCCCUCCUCCCAGCACCCCAUGUCCUAUGUAUCCUAGACAAAGAGGCAAGGGCUGCUGACACAGUCCAGCCUUGGGAUGAGAGCAAGGGGAGGGAUCGAUAGCCUGGGAGCCCCCUGGUCAGAGUCAGAGACAGACAUGAGCUGGGUUCAAGUUAAAUUUCAUGAUCCCGGCCUAGAGUUCCUAGCAGGGGAGUGUUAAUUCCCCUGGAUGAUGUUGCCUGGGUCUCCCUGUUCUUUCUCUACAAACCACGUGACAUUACCUGUAAAGACAUUUUUAAUACUAUUUUUAUGACUGUAUACUACA